UUCUUCACUCGUCCAGUUACCCCACAUUCCAUUCCUAUAUAUUUUCACCGCCGUUAACUAUAACCGACGAACAAUCCUCAGCCCUCUCUCUCCGGUAAAACUUCGUUAACAGCUUAUUUUAGCCGCCACGCCAAAAAAAAAAAAAAAGUUCAUACUCCAGCUCACUUUAGCUCAUAUUUAUAGGUUCUUUAAACAAUUCAUUUUCUUUAAAUUUUUUCUUUGAGAAAUUGUGGAUCUUCAAAGCAAUGGGAGAAGAAAAAAGAGCGUUAGCGCAAAAGCUGAUUGAGAUAGUGAAUGAAAUAUCAGGCAUUUCUGAGUUCAGGAUUUCAGUGAAGAAAGAGUACUGCAAUCUGGGAAGGAGGCUCAAGUUGUUGAUUCCAAUGUUCGAAGAGAUUCGAGAUAAUGACGUGGCAGUUUCUGAAGGCUCAAUAAAAGCACUUGUUUCACUGAAGGAAUCUCUUGAAUCAACUAAGGAUUUGCUCAAAUUCGGUAGCGAAGGAAGUAAGAUUUAUCUGGUGUUGGAAAGGGAGCAGAUAAUGAAUAAAUUUCACGAAGUGACAGCCCAGCUAGAACAAGCUUUAAGUGGAGUUCAUUAUGAAGAGCUUGACAUUUCUGAUGAAGUUAAAGAGCAGGUAGAGCUUGUUCUUUCUCAGUUCCAAAGAGCUAAAGGAAGGGUUGAUACGCCUGAUGCCGAACUACAUGAGGAUCUAUUGUCCAUUUAUAGUAAGAGUAUUGAUGCUGAUAUAGAUCCAGUUGUCCUAAGGCAAUUGGUUGAGAAGUUACAGCUGACUGGAAUAGAUGAUCUCACACAAGAAUCAUGUGCUUUGCAUGGAAUGAUCACUGCUACUGGCGAAGAUAUAGAGGAGAGGAUAGAGAAGAUGUCAGUAAUGUUGAGGAAAAUGAAGGACUUUGUGCUGACUGAGAAUCCGGAGAGUGAUUCUUCUUUGAGGGAGAAGUCUUCAACUUGUAGUGGACAAGCAUCUACAGGGACAACUUAUAAGGCCCCAGUAAUACCUGAUGAUUUUCGCUGUCCUAUAUCCCUGGAAUUGAUGAAAGAUCCUGUCAUUGUUUCAUCUGGGCAGACUUAUGAGCGUUCUUCUAUUGAGAAGUGGCUGGAAGCAGGGCAUAGCACUUGUCCCAAGACACAACAAGUCCUCACAAGCAAUACUCUCACUCCAAACUAUGUGUUGCGAAGCCUCAUAGCACAGUGGUGUGAAUCGAAUGGGGUUGAACCGCCAAAACGACCAGGUAGUUUACCCAAUAAGGCAGCAUCCGCAUGCACGCCUGCUGAGCACUCAAAGAUAGAAGAUCUCCUGAGAAAGCUCACAUCUGGCAAACCUGAAGAUCGGCUCUCUGCCACAGGUGAAAUCCGCCUACUUGCUAAGCGCAAUGCUGAUAAUCGUGUUGCAAUAGCUGAAGCAGGUGCUAUUCCUCUGCUCGUCGACCUUCUUUCCACACCCGAUUCUCGGAUCCAAGAGCAUGCUGUUACAGCACUACUUAACCUCUCUAUUUGUGAGGAUAACAAACGGAGCAUUGUAACAUCAGGGGCAGUGCCUGGUAUCGUCCAUGUGCUUAAGAAGGGGAGCAUGGAAGCACGUGAAAAUGCGGCCGCCGCCCUAUUUAGCCUUUCUGUUAUAGAUGAAAAUAAGGUCAUAAUUGGUACUUAUGGAGCAAUUUCUCCACUUGUGACAUUACUAAGUGAUGGCACCCAGAGAGGGAAGAAAGAUGCAGCUACCGCACUUUUCAAUCUGUGCAUUUAUCAAGGGAACAAGGGCAAGGCAGUAAGGGCUGGAGUUGUGCCCACUCUAAUGCAGCUGCUUACUGAACCUCAAGGUGGUAUGGUCGAUGAGGCACUUGCCAUUUUAGCAAUAUUGGCUAGUCACCCAGAAGGGAAGGCAGCCAUUGGAGCUGCAGGGGCAGUUCCUGUUUUGGUAAAUGUGAUUGCAAAUGGGUCUCCCAGGAACAAAGAAAAUGCAGUUGCAGUUUUGGUACACCUCUGCUCUGGGGACCAACAUCAUAUAGUAGAGCUUCAGGAGCUAGAAGUAAUGGGGCCGUUGCUAGAUUUAGUACAAAAUGGCACUGAUAGGGGCAAACGAAAAGCAACUCAGUUGCUUGAACGAAUAAACAGAUAUGCUGAGCAGCAAAAGCAGCCCCAGGUACAAGCUGAAGCUCCAGUCCAUGCUCAAAUUCAUAACCAGCUCUCACAGUCGCCACCCUCAUCCACAGAUUCCCUGGACAGCUGAACGUUUUUUUUUCCUUCCUGUUAUAUUUAUCUUUGCUUGGUUUUUAUAGCAUUGAUUUAAGAAAGGGGUUUAGGUGUGGGAGAAUGGGUGGAAGAUCACCUGUCAUCUCCAUCAAAUUCUUCAUUUAUUUUCUGGGGUUGAGGUGUGUAUACACCCCCAUGAGAAAAGGCCAUGGAUUGAGAGUAAAAACUGAAAAACACAAAAAUAUUGAAUGUCAAUUGUACCAUUAUAAUACAUGUACAAGUGGCAUCUUCCUCAGUUUUUAUAGGUGGAGAUGCUUUCUAUUAGAAUAAACCUUGUUCCAUUACUUCC